UGGGGGGGACGGGGUGCUGUUGUGUUUCUGUCGGUCCCGGAGCUGCUGACGAGCUGACCUCAUUGUUUCUGAAAGUCACCGGUGGAGAAUCACACACGGGACGUGUUGGUGUCUUAAUCCAGAGGAUAAUCGAAGCGUCUGCUGCAUCUGCUCACCGCUGGGCCUGAAGGAGCACGUUGCUAACCAAUUGAGCAGGAAGCGAGGCUGCGCUUGGACCCCCGGCCGUGCGGGGUAACCAUGGGAGACCAGAGGUCAGUCCAGCGCCUCCUGCCCCCGCUGCUGCUCCUGACGCUCCUCGCCAGGAUGUCACAGCUGUGGGCCUUCCCCUUCAGCCCGUCCCUGGACCUGGACGUCACUCCCAGGACCACUGUCUUCUCUAAAGGUCUGUUGGGCAGCGCCAGCUACACCGGCUCCUCCCGUAACUACAGCACCCUCCUGCUGGAGGAGGAGAGCGGGCUGCUGUAUGUGGGAGGCAGAGGAGCCCUGCACGCGCUCAACACCUCCGACAUCUCCACGACCUCCAACCUCACGAUUUACUGGGAUGCUUCCCCCGAACAGAAGAAGCAGUGUCUAAACAAAGGCAGAGACAACCAGACCGAGUGCUACAAUCAAAUCCGCUUUCUGCAGCGAUUCAAUGAGACUCACCUGUACGUCUGUGGAACAAACGCCUUCCGACCUCUUUGUGCUUACAUAGACGCAGAGCGGUUCAGCUUCUCGUCCGGCUUCGAGGAGGGCAGGGACAGGUGUCCCUACGACCCGGCGAUGGGAUUCACCGGCCUCCUCGUUGACGGUGAGAUGUUCACGGCCUCCCAGUACGAGUUUCGCAGCUCUCCAGACGUGCGCAGAAACUUCCCCUUUCCCACGCUCAGGACAGAGGAGGCCCCCACCCGGUGGCUUCUGGAGGCCGAUUUCGUUGGCUCCGUGCUGCUGAAGGAGAGCGUCAACAGCUCCAUCGGCGACGACGACAAGAUUUACUUCUUCUUCACGGAGAGAAGCCAGGAGCAGAUCGCCUACCCGAGCCAGACCAAGGUGUCCAGGGUGGCCCGAGUCUGCAAGAAUGACUGGGGAGGCCAGAGGACCCUGCAGAGGAAGUGGACCACUUUCCUCAAGGCCAGAAUGGUGUGUUCGGUGCCAGAAUACGAGCUGCACCUCAAUGUCCUGCGCAGUGUGUUCGUCCUGCAGGGCCAAGACGUCCAAAGCAGCGUUUUCUACGGCGUCUUUGGCCUGGAAUGGAAGAAUAUCAAAGCGUCUGCUGUCUGCCAGUACGCCUUCUCGGAUGUGCAGAAGGCGUUCGAGGGGCCGUUCAUGGAGGUGCAGGACUCAAAGUGGAGGGAGUACACGGGGAAAGUUCCACUGCCGAGGCCUGGAUCUUGCAUAACGGAUGUGCACAGGUCCCAGGGCAUCAACUCAUCUCGAGACCUCCCAGACAACAUCCUCACUUUCGCCAGGAGGCACCCACUGAUGGCCGGCCAGGUGCACCCGAUAGGUGUGCGCCCACUCAUGUUCAAGAGGAGCGUCAACUACGUGAAGAUAGUCGUUCACAAGGAGCCGGCGCUGGAUGGCAACACUUACACUGUUCUGUUUUUGGGAACCGAUGACGGGUGGCUGCACAGAGCUGUCGACAUCGGCGGAGAGAUGCACAUCAUAGAAGAGCUGCAGCUGUUUGAUAAACCCCAGCCCAUACAGAGCAUGGUCGUAUCCUCGGCUCUGAGGAGCGUCUACGUCGGCUCCCACUCUGGAGUCGUGCAGCUGCCGAUGUCGGCCUGUCAGAGGUACACUUCCUGUUACGACUGCGUAUUCGCGAGAGAUCCGUUCUGCGGCUGGGACGGGAGGGCGUGUGUGGAAAUAUCUUCCCGUGCACAGAGGUCACACCUAACACAGGAUAUCCUGAAGGGGAUCAGAGGCUGCAAGGAGAAUUCAGGAAAUGUGGUCCACCGGCGGCGCUCCGUGAUGUCCGGGGACGACGUUCUACUCCAGUGCGAGCUGCACUCCAACCUGGCAAGUCCCCGCUGGACGCUGAACGGCAAAGAGCUGCAGGGAUUCGGCCUCAAUUCGGGCUACCGCAUCGGCACGGACGGCCUCCUCAUAAUCGGGGCUCGCUCCAAGCAGGGCGGGUCGUAUCGCUGCUUCGCCGUGGAGAACUCCGUCUCAGUCCUGAUAUACCUUUACACGGUCAGGGUGCACACGGACUUGUACUUCCCCGUGGAGCCCACGGCCACGACUGAACCGGCUUCGGUUUCCAGCCCGACCGAUUUCUCCGCCGCCGGCGGCCCCACCGAGCAGCCGCUGCCCUCGCCGCCCGCCCCGCUGCCCCCGGGAGCGGAGUUCCAGACCUACAGACACAUGGAGGCCGUGUACAUUUCCCUCGUGGCGGUCCUCGGAGGGCUUUGCCUGGUGCUGACCGUGGUUCUGCUUUACGUGAGCUUCUGCACCAGGCGGCCGUCUCGAGACCGAAAGUUCUCCCAGCAGGGGCUGCAGGUCCUGGGGGGCUCCGAGAGAAAGAGGAGCUCCCACCUGGAGCUCACCACCAUCUCCAGCCACUACAACGGCCGCCAGGGUCGACGCUCCAUCUCGGUGCCGACUUUUGGGGACAUGGGUGACGGCUUCCUGCAGAUAGUUCCAGGCGAGAGCCAGUUCUCGCCGUGCAAAACGCCUCCGCCGGCCCCGCCCCUUCCCACGGCGCCCCCGCUGCCCAACAUGGACUACGCCAACGGGCUGUCGGCCACGCUGCCCAGCGUGCUGAGGAAGAUGAACGGGAACAGCUACGUGCUGCUGAGCCAGGUCGACCACGAGGGCAUGUCGCCGCUCUACCGCUCCUUCACCGAGGAGCUCAACAGGAUCCUGGAGCAGCGGAAACACUCACAGCUGGACCUGCAGCCCGACGAGAGCUCCAUCUAGGACGCGGCUCGCGGGCCGUCGUUAUUUUUAGUUUUUUUCACUCCCAAAUGGGCAACCCGUGGCUGAGGGCGGGGGGGGGGGGGGGGGAAAUGACUGUUGCAUCAAACGCCGGCGUCUUUCACACCAGCGUCACCUUCCAGGUUGCGUCCUCGCUCGAUCUGACUCGUGCAGCUCGCUACGUAUCCCAGAGACCAAAAGGCCCGUGAUUUUCAAGACCACCCGCACACACACACCUGAGAUUGUCGUUCAGUCAUUCGGCCACAGACUGCACUGUUGCAAAAUACUAAAAACAUGUAACAAACAUUUGUUUGGACAAGCGGAGAGGGAGGUCGUCACAAGAGUAGUUCCAUGUCCAAACUAGAAGGAAGCACUUAAUAAAGGGCCGAUCUCAGGUAGGUGAUUUGACCAAGACCACUUCUGUAUUGCGGGAUUGGAUGCAUACAACACUCAAUGAUCCAAACCCCCUCAUCUAGCCCCCCGAUGGGCUGUUCGACUCAAAAACCAGUGCUGAUGCACGCGGGAGAGAGUGCGAGCCACCGCAACCACGUGAGGCCCUCGAACGUGCAGCCAGAUGUUAAACAGGUCGCUGCAGAUGAAUGUGAGCUCAGCGGUGGACGGACACAGAGGUGCACCGUCACUCACUCACCGACAGACAGACACAUAUUCAUCACCAUUUAAUUUGACCAAUGUGUUUGGUUUCAAAUUGUUUCCUUUGAGAAACUGAAAUUGAAGAGUGUUUGGCCUAUUUUGUUUCAUGAAUGACAAUCGAACGCGAAUAACAAACCUUUAUUCUCUACGAACAAAGCGUGAUCAAACCACGAUUAUGUGGCGUGUCACUUUGAGAAGCCGACGAGACCUCGGAUUAGGCGUUUCAACAUACAGUAUAUUUCAAACCUUCAUUUCCUUCAGCCCGUGGCGAGCGGCUGGUUGUUGUGCCAGACGGAGCACCUGUAGCAGACCUCAGCGUCCGUGUGAAUAAAGAGACGCAGCUUGAGGAGUCUAUUAUUGACCCUGAAAGGAGCACGCCAUGUUCAGUGAAUUCAAUCAAUGCGACCACAGACUGGGCUUCGUGGCCCGGGAGAGGAAACCGCAGCACGCUGGAGUCAGACCUAUGACGAACGUGCUUGUUCGCUGUUUCGUAUUCGAACGGAUGAAAAUGUUGUCUUUGUCAGAGUCAAGCCCUGUGGAAGAUCCCCCCCCGAGACAUACCGCCAAUAGCUUCACGCCAACAGCAGGAAAAAUAAUGUUGCUGCUGGUGGCGAGAUGUUGAGGCAGAGUAGAGAGAAACCUUCACACGCGCAGCCUCAGUGUUUACUUGCUGACCUCGCAGCAAAGCCGGAACAACAUCCCCCACCGGGGCAACAGCUCUGCGAUUGAACGGGACGCGCAGAACUUUGUCUUUAAGCUGGUGUUUCCUGCAAAGUGUUGAAUCAGCUCUGGAGUAACGGUGGUGCUUGGCUGGCCUCCACCAGGCGAGGAGAGGACGUCUGUCUGCGUGGACAGGAGACGUUUGACCCGAGCGGCGCGGUUAGCCGCGCGGGGGAAGACGGUGACGCGAGGGGGCAGCGGCUGUUUUGCGCUUGCAGGUUUUCAGCGGUCGUCUUCGUCAACCUUGUGAGGCACUUUAAUUCUGGGAACGGCGAAGGCCUCGAAAGGGGAGGGGCCAGUGACACAGGCUUCUCUACAGGCCUCUCCUGGUGAACCACUGUGUCCUCAUGCAGCGGCUCCUGUCGUAUAUUAAGUUGCUCCUUAAUUGAUGCCGUUUUUCUGUAAAAGCAAGCAGCUUGUAUGAUUUUACCUCGAUUUCGUUUCGAAAGAAGGUUCAGUGUUUGGGAAAAUUACUUAUUUCAUGCAACAAAACUAUUCGAUCAGGAGAAACUUGUGGGGUCCUCAAUUAGGCUUAAUGGAAGAUUAAGUUAAAAAACUGCAAAUAAUCUGCUGCACGAUGUGAGAUAGAGGCGUGAAGAGCUCAAUCUUUCCUCAACAAACCGCGUGCAACACCAUUAAUGGCGAGGAGAGACACGGAGAACCCAUUGACUUCGUGGCGAGGCGACAGAAAGUGCAAAGAUGCUGACUCAUGCCGUGGUAUUCGGACUCAUUCCUGCAGUACACUCGGGGUGAAACUAAACAAAUAGCGCAUGAAUUGGCAACCCUUCCACGUUAGUGGCUAAAUAUUGCUCUUUUGUCAAGUUGUAUUAUGCGUUCAAGCAUUAACACACCCAAACACAUCCUGUUACACACCAAUGUGUCUUUUUCUCUGAACAGAAAUUGACACAAACUCCUUGUUGCUUAACUGGAAAUCUGUUGACUUGUUUUCAUCCUCAUCCUUAUUCUUGCCGCCUCUCUCCUCCUCCUCGUUGUCUAUUUGUCUGUCUGCUCACAUUCACAUCCGCCAUUACAGACGGCCGCGAUGGCCCCCAAAACAAUUACAGCCCCAGAGCUUGCGUGGUGUUGAUCAGUCUGAUUUUCUGUAUUGGUUCAUAGAUGCUACCCUCACAUGUUCUGGUGGAUGUUAUUUGUAAGAUAGUUUUCAAAUUCAAGCAGCGAAUAUGAAUCAUAUGAAUGAACUUAAUAUCCUUGACCAGGAUCAAGUCUGAUUCACACGUGUGAUUUGAAGAAAUGUUCCUUUCUUGUUGUAUUCUAUGGCAAGUUUAACAUUUGUUUUAACUAUAUAUUCUUGUUGUGGACAAUCAUCCAUAUGUUGAAAGCUUCUUCUGGAUCUUCAACCUUUGCUGCUGCUUCAUUCCCGUUUAGAGGACAAUCUGUUUACAAUAGGCACUGGCUCUGCAAUGCAUUCUAUAGUAUGGACUUUAAAUAUAGCUAACAGUUUCAUUUCUUACGGUCACCUUGUUUCUGCACUGCAAACCUACAAGUGCAUCCCGCUGCGUCAUUAUGCAAUAUACAGUAUAUUUUAUGUGGAUUAUUUCUCUCCGAUGUGGGCGAAAGAGUUUACAACUCGCACUGCUAUUUUGUAAAAGUCAUGUGACGUACUCUGGCAAACUGUGACACCUUCCAUUAAGUUGGUUCUGGAUGAUGCACCUUGAACUCAUCUUUGGGAUUUUCUCAAAAAAUGACUUGCUGCUUGUAAGAUAGUUUAACCAGCAGACAGAAAAGCAUUUACUCGUGUAUGUUUUUCGUGUUAUUUAUUUGACUCGAGCAAAUUUCCACUUGCGUUUUUUGUGCAGAUGAAAACACUUGUGCUCAGCUAACUGAGUGUCAACGGCCCCGAUGCUCCGUCAGGAAAUGACAUACAAAACAUGCUCGGGCAAAAUCCUUUUCUCAAGACACCACAACACUUCUGUUUUUAGCUUGUGGCAAGCAGCAAGGCCACUGUGCUCCACGGGGGGAUGGAGCCCCCUCGCAAUGCCAGUCAUUUACACACAUACGGCUCUGACAAAGCAGACUUACGACAUAAGCUCAGAGGAGAGAGGGGGGGGAGAGGGUGAAAAAAAAAGACCAUUUUCAAGGGGCGGUAACUUAGCAACAGCGUCUUGAUCUGGAGACUCUAAUGUCCUAGCGUGGAUCUAGCUGUGCCAGCUGCCAUUGUGGAAGGUGUGAUGAGAGAAAAGUGGCCAUGAGAUCUGUACAUGAAUUCAAGUGAGCAUGAAACCACUAGUGGCAUUUUCACUCAUUUGCUUCUUUUAACAGGUUAAAUAGCUAAUUAAAAAUACACUAAGUUGAGCGAUGUAAGUUGUACAGAUCAUAUCGGCAAAGUACAAAAAGAGCUAAUUUAAAAGGGCAUCCGCAACCUUAUAAAUAAUGCAACUCAAGUGCAGGCAUUUGGGACGAAAUUGAGGGGAAUCAGCAGCAGCGUUCCGCUGCAGAGGUCAGCUCCAGCGUCCCUCACCCAUUGGCCUCCAUCUGCAGGCCUCUCACGCACUUAUUCCACAUGCAUUUUCAAAAAGGCACCAAAAGCCAUUACACAGCAGCAGAAACAAGCAAUCAGCUUCUUCGGAUCACGUCGUAAGUUCACUCCAUGCUUAUUAGUAUUCCUCUGAUGAUGGGUACUUCGGUUGUUUUGAUCUAUUUUUGUUGAGAGGAACACUGAGGUUUUUUGUGAAGGGAAAAGGGGCUUUUUUGUGUGUGUGGGGGGGGGGGGCUGAAAUGAUGAAUUCGGGACGAGAAUUUAAAAGUUAUAAUAAAGUCAAAGGAGUUUUGCCAACAUCCGUCUGAAUGAUUCACCCACUGGAGGAGUUUUCUGUUUAUCUUCCACCCGACGCAGAGGGCAGCUCUGUGCUGCUGAAGGUUACGACAUGUCCCUCAAGCUGUCACACAACCAUCUGUCAUGUUCGUUUAAGCUCUGGAUCCGCUAAAGUCGUGCAGCCUUCAGAGUAUUGAACUGUAUAAAACAUGUACAUUCCCUUGUGUCAUACAAAUAAUUAAAAAAAGGUGUACAUCUGA